AUGAAGAACAAGGGUGCCAAGCAGAAGCUGAAACGAAAGGGAGCCGCCAGCGCCUUCGGCUGUGACCUGACGGAGUAUCUGGAGAGCUCAGGACAGGAUGUUCCAUAUGUAUUGAAGAGCUGUGCAGAAUUUAUAGAGACUCACGGCAUCGUGGAUGGAAUUUAUCGUCUUUCAGGAGUCACCUCAAACAUACAACGGCUAAGGCAGGAGUUUGGCUCAGAUCAAUGUCCAGAUCUGACAAGGGAAGUGUACCUCCAGGACAUCCACUGUGUGGGCUCCCUCUGCAAGCUCUACUUUCGGGAGCUGCCCAACCCCCUCCUGACUUACGAGCUCUAUGAGAAAUUCACGGAGGCGGUGUCUCAUUGCCCAGAAGAAGGCCAACUGGCCCGAAUCCAGAAUGUUAUCCACGAGCUCCCCCCAUCCCAUUACAGGACCUUGGAAUACCUGAUUCGACACCUGGCCCACAUUGCAUCCUUCAGCAGCAAGACCAACAUGCAUGCCAGGAACCUGGCCCUGGUGUGGGCACCAAACCUCCUCAGGUCUAAAGAAAUUGAAGCCACUGGUUGCAAUGGAGAUGCAGCCUUCCUCGCAGUCCGGGUCCAGCAGGUGGUGAUUGAAUUCAUACUGAAUCAUGUGGAUCAAAUCUUCAACAACGGUACACCCGGGUCACUGGAGAACGAUGAAAACCGGCCGAUCAUGAAGAGCCUGACCCUGCCUGCCCUCUCACUGCCCAUGAAAUUGGUGAGUCUGGAGGAAGCUCAGGCCCGGAGCCUGGCUACUAAUCAUCCCGCCAGGAAGGAAAGAAGAGAGAAUAGCCUGCCUGAGAUUGUACCCCCCAUGGGCACCCUCUUCCACACUGUCCUUGAGUUACCAGACAACAAAAGAAAGCUCUCCAGUAAAUCCAAGAAGUGGAAAUCAAUAUUUAACCUGGGACGUUCUGGAUCAGACUCCAAAUCAAAGCUGAGUAGAAAUGGGAGUGUAUUUGUGAGAGGACAGAGGCUCUCAGUGGAAAAGGCUACCAUCCGACCAGCUAAAAGCAUGGACUCACUGUGCUCAGUGCCUGUGGAAGGGAAAGAAACCAAAGGAAAUUUCAGUCGAACCGUCACCACUGGUGGAUUUUUCAUCCCAGCAGCGAAAAUGCACUCGACUAGCACUGGCAGCUCCUGUGACCUCAGCAAGCAGGAGGGUGAAUGGGGCCAGGAGGGGAUGCCGGCAGGGGCGGAGGGCGGCUUUGAUGUGAGCGGAGACCGAAGCCAGCUGCAGGGCGCUCAGGCCCGGGCCCCGCCUGAGCAGCUGAAGGUGUUCCGACCCAUUGAAGAUCCCGAGAGCGAGCAAACAGCCCCGAAGAUGCUGGGUAUGUUCUACACCUCAAACGACAGCCCCAGCAGAUCUGUCUUUACCAGCAGCCUCUUCCAAAUGGAGCCUUCUCCCCGUCACCAGCGCAAGGCCCUGAACAUUUCCAAGCCCUUCGCUGUGUCUGUGCCACUUCGCGUGUCAGCUGUCAUCAGCACCAACAGCACUCCAUGCAGAACCCCCCCAAAGGAGCUACAGUCUCUUUCCAGCCUGGAAGAGUUUUCUUUCCAGGGCUCAGAGAGUGGAGAGUGGCCCGAAGAGGAGAAGUCACUGAGCGCUGAGACUUCUACAGCAUCUGUACCUAAGAAGGCAGCUCUCGAGAAUACCAAGCCAGGACCAGACAUGGUGAGAACAGUGGAAUGCAGCAAAGACCUUCCCCUGGAGCAAGGCACCCAAGUGGAGGAGAAGAAAACCUCAGAAAGCCUCCUAGACUCUCAGAAUUCAAGUGAAUUAGAGAAGAAGCUGGAUGCAGAGAAGGUGGUGGAGGAGAGGGGAGAGACCAGCCAGGUGGCGGCCAGUGAUCUUCAGGAGAACCCCGGGGCCAGAGCCGAAGCAGUGUUUCUCCAUGAGAUGGAUGAAGAUGAUCUAGUCAACACCCUGAUCUGGCCUGAGAUUCAACAGGAGCUGAAAAUUAUUGAAUCUGAGGAGGAACUCUCCUCCUUGGCACCACCUGCUCUAAAGAUCAGCCCAACUCAGCGUAUUCUUGAAUCUAGUCCAGGGCCUUUUGCUUCCCCGGAGCCCCCUGGGAGCUCCACUCCAGCUCCAGUCUCCACCCCUCUGGAGGAGUGGACUAAGAAUCCAACCAAUCAGAGCACACUGGGCACUUCCACAGCAGCCAAUAGAGAAAAGCUGGAGACAGCCAGCAUCCUCCCUAGAUCUGAGCCAGAGCCGGAAAAGGGCCAGCGCCCAGACCCUGCCAGCCUGACUCCUCUGGAAAUAGUUCCAUUGGAGAAGUCUUCUCCACAAGCAAGGAUGGAAGUGGGAGUCCCAAGGAAUCUGUCUCCUCUGCUACCACCUGCUGCUCCCACUCCAACACCUUUAGAGGAGGAACCUCGAGUCCAGCUAUUGAAGAGUGGCCCUGAGAGAGAAGACUUAUCUGGGAAUUUGAGAGCCAAUCCAUAUGCAGACCAGCUGAAGUCCAAAGGCAGCACUGGGAUCCCCAGUCUUUGUCAGGGAGACAAGGCCUCUUCAGAAGAAAGUGAAAAGCAAAAUUCAAAGAGUGCUGCUCCUGAGAGCAAAGGCUCUAGUUCUCCUAGCCCAACCAGGGAGGCUGAGGUUUCCCCACAAGGAGAGGAGGAUGCUGCCCACUCAGUACAGGAGCCCUCAGACUGUGAUGACGAUGACACUGUGACAGACAUUGCCCAGCAUGGCCUGGAGAUGGUGGAGCCCUGGGAGGAGCCCCAGUGGGUGACAAGCCCCCUGCACUCACCCACCCUUAAAGAUAUACAAGAGACCCAAAUGCAGGGCCCCCAGGGCCACCGACUAGAAAAGAGGCUUUCUCACAGACCCAGCCUUCGCCAGAGCCAUUCUCUAGAUGGCAAAACCAAUGUUAAGAGCCAGUGGACUCUCAAGGGUUCCUCCUCCAGCAGUUGUGCUGAUCUUGAAGCAGAGAGAAAUUCCAACCCCCUGCAGCCCUUGGCACCCAGGAGUGAGAUUACUGGGUGGAAUGAGAAAGCCAUGAGGUCCUUUCAAGAGUUUUCUGGCCUGAAAAGGACAGAGGUUCCUCCCAAGCAGCAGGCAUCAGGUGGUUUGCAGCCCACAUCAGCAGAAUCCAGCCCUGUCAGUCUAACAGAAGGAAAGCAACUGGGGACAUACUUGGGGCCACACAACCCUCAGGUUGAGCAUGGUGGUGAUCCUGAGCCAGAAAGCAGCAAGGAGAACUCACCUGGUGUGCAGGACCACACCUCACCUGGAGAGCAUCCCCCUAAGUUCCAGCUUAAGAACAGUGAGGGUGGGGCCGCGAAGGGGAAAAAUAGGCCUUCGUCUCUCAACUUGGACUCCACCGUUCCCAUCACUGACCUCUUCCGGUUUGAGAAUGCAGCCUCAUUUGGGUCACCUGAAGUGCAAGUCUCUGAGCCAGGAGACCCAAAGGUCACAUGGCUGACCUCAUCUCAUGGUAAAGUAGACCCCUGGAGGGUUUACUCCCAGGACUCUCAGGACCUGGACAUGGUUGCUCAUGCCCUGACGGGCCGCCGUAACUCAGCUCCUGUGAGUGUGUCAGCUGUGAGAACCUCCUUCAUGGUCAAAAUGUGCCAGGCCAGGGCAGUCCCAGUCAUCCCACCCAAGAUUCAGUACACUCAGAUCCCACAGCCCCUGCCCUCUCAGAGCUCAGAGGAGAGUGGGGCUCAGCCCCUGGAGAGGAACCAAGAGGAACCUGGCUCCACUGGUGGGACCUCUCAGAAACUUAGCAAAGAUGAUUCUCUUUCCUCCUUGGAAAGCCCAAAGGAAGAAAAGCCAAAGCAAGAUACAGGAGCCAUUGAGUCCUUGCCAGUGGAUACCACUGCAUCUCGUGUGUGCGAGGGACCCACCCUUUCUCCAGAACCAGGUUUGACCAACCUGCUGACCACUCAGGAUGCAGUAGUGCAGUGUAGAAAGCACACAUCAGAGACAGAGCCAUCUGGAGACAACCUUCUUUCUUCAAAAAUAGAGCGCUCAUCAGGGGGUUCUAAGCCUUUCCAUAGGUCUAGACCAGGAAGACCUCAGAGCCUAAUCUUAUUCAGUCCUCCUUUCCCCAUUAUGGACCACCCACCCCCCUCAUCUACAGGGACAGAUUCCAAGGUCCUGCUGUCCCCUAUCAGAAGUCCCACGCAGACAAUUUCCCCUGGCCUACUUUGCGGGGAGUUGGCAGAAAACACAUGGGUCACACCAGAAGGGGUUACACUUAGGAAUAAAAUGACCAUCCCUAAGAAUGGCCAGAGACUGGAGACCUCAACAAGCUGUUUUUACCAGCCCCAGCGGAGAUCAGUGAUUCUGGAUGGAAGAAGUGGAAGGCAAAUAGAAUGA